GCUGCAGUGUCUACUAUUAUAUAAAACAGAACCUUAUUGUUUGUUCGCACAUUUAAAUUUCAUACAGUUGUUUUGCUCUAUUCUAUACAGAAAUGAGCUUGAAUAAGAAGAUUAUUGGAUUACUGUAUGUAUGCGAAUAUUUUUAUUUCAUUGUUGGUAAUUAUUUGAUCGAUCCUCAUGAAUUAAUAAUGCACCAUAAUCAUGGCGAAAAUAAUGUGAAUCACUAUUCAAAUGUGUGGUAUUUCCAUUUCACUGAUGAUUUGAAUAAAAUAAAUGAAACUAUAAUACAACAGGGAUUUUCGUUUGCACAACCAGUAGAUGGUAUACCAAAUGUUUACAAAGUAAGAAAAGAAGAUCAUCCUGAAAUCAACCAUGAACCAUUCCAUAACACAACUAACAUUUUAAAACAAAAUAAUAAGGUGAAUUGGGCUAAACAGGGAUUUUCGAAAAACUUGUAUAAAAGAGUGCCGACGGACGUUCAUAGCAGAUAUGAGAGGUAUUUUAACGACGAACUUUGGAAGCUACAGUGGUACGAGCAAGACUACCGAAUUAAUUAUAGUAAUGAAGUACCACUAGAUAUGAAUUUAGUACCAGUAUAUGAGGAGUUAAAAUUCACAGGUAAAGGUAUUCGAGUAGCGAUCAUCGAUGAUGGGAUAGAAUAUACUCAUGAUGAUCUAAAGGAUAAUUAUGAUGAAGAGAUCAGUAUCAAUCUGAACUGGAAUAAAAAGGAUCCUAUGCCUCGAUACGAAGAUCCUACAAAUACGCAUGGUACUAGAUGUGCUGGAGAAAUUGCAAUGGCUGCAAAUAAUAAAAAGUGUGGUGUAGGCGUUGCUUACAACGCAAGAGUAGGAGGUAUUGUAUUGCUUGAUGGUAAAACAGAUGAUGAAAUGGAAGCUAGAGCAUUAAUUAAUGCUAAUUCAUUGGUGGAUAUAUACAGUGGAUCAUGGGGGCCUAAAGACGACGGACUAAUGGUCGACGGACCCGGAGUAAUGGCACAAAUUGCAUUUGAAAUUGGUGCAACUAAGGGUCGCAACGGCAGAGGUUCAAUAUACGUAUUCGCGUCGGGCAAUGGCCGUAUGCUGUUUGAUAAUUGUGCAUCGGAUGGCUACGUGGGAAAUAUUCACACUGUGGCUAUUAGUAGUGUUACCAUGGACGGCAGAGCUCCUGAGUACGCUGAGAGAUGCGCCGCCGUCAUAGCAACUGCUUAUUCUGGUGGCCUAGAUAAUGGCAUUAAAAUUGUUACGUCAGAUAUCAAUAAUACAUGUACACUUUCACAUACUGGCACAUCAGCUGCAGCUCCAUUAGCAGCGGGAGUUAUAGCUUUAGCUCUCGAAGCCAAUGGUGAUUUAACGUGGAGAGAUGUGCAACAUUUAUUAGUAAGGAACUGUGAAGUUGGACCUUUGUUGAAAAACUCUGGUUGGUCUACUAACGCAGCAGGAUUUAAUUUCAAUCCUCAGUUCGGUUUUGGAUUAUUAAACGCCUAUAAGUUGGUCAAAGAAGCUAUAAGUUGGAGCACCGUACCAGAAAAAAGUAUAUGUGCUGUAAAUUUUCGUAUCCCUAAAAAUCGUAAACAUUUUGGCCGAGCCGCAAAAUUUGUAUCCACCGUAAUUACAAAUGGAUGUAACGAAUGCAUUAAAUAUUUAGAGCACGUACAACUAUGUGUGACCAUUCAGUAUCCAAAACGUGGUAUGGUAGAAAUAGAUCUACAGUCGCCAAAAAACACCACGUGUAAAAUGAUGGAGCCGCGGCCCUUAGAUGAGUCAAACAUGGGGUUUUUUGGAUGGAAAAUAAAAUCAUUGCAAUUUUGGGGCGAAGACCCAUCUGGAGAGUGGACAGUUUUUGUUAAAGAUGAAACUUCUAAUUUAUUCACCGGGUUAACUGGAUCAGUAGAAAAACUUAGAUUAAUAAUGCACGGAACUGAAAAUAAUCCUUAUAAUUAACGAAUUUAAAUAAUUUUAAAUAAUUUUGAAUAUUAAAUUCACUCAUCUUAUAUUCAGGAAAAAUAUUGUUCAGAUUUGCCAUGUUUAAAGCAAAACUAACGAUUAAAUUUAUGUUAUAAUAAUAGUUGUCUUGACAUAAUAUAUCAUUAUAUUUUAAUUUACGCUGUCAA